GCAAGCGCAAUGCUUACCACGUUCAAAUUGCUCCCGGCCUGAACGUACAUCGCGUCCUAACUCUCAAACGCUCGCACCGAUGGACUCCUCCCUUCGCAGCACCGAAGCACUGAAAUCCAGAAUCGAUGCUUUACAAGUGACUCUCACUCGCCGCUUCGAAACUCUGGUCAACCUCGCCGCCGUCCAGCGCAAUGAUCGCACUGUGACCGCCGUGACGGAGUACUCCAUGAAAGCUGAGACUGCAGGAUUGAUCCGCGCCGCAGAAGAGGUCCAGACCCUCAUCCGUCAAUUGCAGGAGAUGUGGCUGUUUGGACGAUUGAAUGCGCUGGAGGGGAAGAAGGAGAGGGAGGAGGUUGAUGGGACGGCGAGGGAGGUGGCUGAGUUGGUAAGGAAGUUGACUGGUGCGAAGAGUUUAGAUGGAGAGAAAGCGGUGAAGAGGGAGGGUGGAAGUGUGGAUGGCGAUCAUGAUGGCGAGGCAAUGGAGCUGGAGCUGGAAGCGUAGAUCUGGUUCGGUCUUGGAAACAGUCUUCCGAGCCUGUGAAGUUGAGAGCGAAAGUCCAGGGCGCCGAAGGUCUGCUAUCAGUACGCGCGCCGGGUCUGCUUGCGUUGAACUGCAUUGAAUCAUUGCAAAUCGAGCGUGCGGACUUGAAUGGAAGUUUGCAAAGCACAACGAUUGUCAUAAUACAUUCUACAGCUUCGAACUCAUU